AUGGCGCCAAGCAGAAGCAUCGCAAAUGGUCCAGCCAGGCGACGCAAGUAUACUGUCAAUGUACUAAAUAUACCCUCGGCCUCCAACAACCAAAUUCAUUGUCAAUACUGCGAUAAGUCGUUCUCGUCUCGCGGGAUACGAUCUCACGAGCAAAGUUGUUUGAGAAGACGAGAGAAAAAGAAGGAUGAUGAUGAGUUUGCAGUGCUCGCAGCGCAGGCGGUUGAGGAGCAAAUCAAACGGAAAGAGUUACGUCGAAAGAGAAAGCAUCUUCUCAAGGAACAAGCGGCUGCGACACAUAAUAUUGGCUCCCCAUCGUCAGACCCUUCAACGUCAUUCCAGGAUCGCACAGAGAAUGCACCCGAUGAAUUUAUCGUGGGCCCAUCAUUUGAAACGGUACCAGAUGUUGAUGUGAUGAGUAUCAGUGGAGACUCACGGCAACGUGCAGGUUCAGAUUCCAGCAUGGCAUCUCACGCUCCCACACCCCUUGCUCUAUCCUUGCUUUCAGCAGUACCUUCGGUUCACUCUGAUCUCGAUACAUUUAAGACGGAGUAUCACCCAAAAUCUGGUCGUGCAACCUCCAUCGAGACUUUCUCUACGUUCGGACGCAACCAAGAUCAGCAGCCGCCUAUCGUUGACGAAGAACCUUGGCAGCCAUUCAGCUGUCGUGCAGACUUUGAAUUUGCCGAACUUGCACACAAUGCUGCCCUUAACAAGGACCACACAGAUGCGCUAUUACAACUCAUCUGGAGAAUCGUUGAUGGUCAAGCAAACAUUACCUUCAAGUCCCACCGCGAUGUUUCUGUAGCCUGGGAUAGGGCGGCUGGCCAGAUGACACCUUUCGAGAAGCAUACUAUCACGACCCGGCAUAAACGGGAAGACCUCGUGUUUCAUGUAUAUACACGCCCAUUGUGGGACUGGGCUUUGGACUUAUUACAGGACCCAUUGCUGGUGCCGCACUUUGUUUGGGAUGCGCAGCGGGUAUAUAAACACGAUGGGACACGUUACGAGCGCUUUUACCAUGAACCUUGGACUGCGGAUCGCUGGUGGAAUGUCCAAUCAUCUUUACCUGAAAACGCUGUCCCUUUCGCAUUUAUUCUGUAUGCAGACAAGACGCACCUCUCUUCCGCUGGUACAGUCAAAGCUUAUCCGGUCUUCGCUCAUUGUGGAAACUUGCCCGUUGACAUUAGAAACACUGACGGGCUUGGUGGUGGGCGGAUGGUCGGUUGGUUACCAAUAGUUCCCGACGAUUCUGAAGAGGAUGGCAAGCUGUCAUACGUGAACCUCAAAUGUGUUGUAUGGCAUGAAGGGUUUUUUAAGCUGCUCAAAACCAUUAUACUCUACGCCAAGACAGGGUAUGCGCAUCUCUGUUAUGAUGGUAUCGUUAGGUGGUUGUAUGCGUUCAUUUUGCUCUUAUCUGCUGACUAUGAGGAACAGUAUGUUAUGUGUCAUGGCACUGAUACGGGGACGAAUUGUCAUUGCCCAUGUCCUAUUUGCCUUGUCCCAUCCGAUAAGCUGUACGACAAUGCUUCAACUUAUCCAAUCCGAACGCCCGAAGACGCACAAGCUUGCGUAGAACUAUGGAAUAGGGACAAAACAGCUGGAGAAGAGGCAUUAAAAAAAUGGGGCCUUUGGCCAAAUGUCUUUUGGCGGCUCCCAAAUUCCAACCCACACGAAACAAUCUCGCAGGACCACCUUCACGUGUAUCAUAUAGAGGAAUGGGGGAAACAUUUAUUUGGUGAGCUUAAACGACACGCAGCGGCUCUGGGACGUGGUGCUGAGAAAAAGAUUGAUGACCAAUUUGCUACCUUCACACGAUGGCACAAUUUGAAUCAUUUCGAUCGAGUUACUAACAUUACCUACAGUGACGGUAAUAAACUUAGGGACAUUUCUAAGCAAAUUUUAUAUACCACCCAGAAUGUACUGAUGCGCACGGAUGAUGAAGCUGGCUAUGCACUUUUACGGUGCAUAGCGAGUUAUCUCCAUAUUGACAUGUAUGUAUCUCUCGAUGUGCACACAGAGAGCACAAUCAAAGCAGGAAAAGCCGAGGUUUUGGAAUUUCAGACGCAUUUAGAAGAAUACAUCGCAAUUGUCGAUGAGACUGAUCCAGAUACGAUUAAGAACUGGAAUUUCCCCAAAAUGCACACCUCAAAGCACAUAUUUGACGACAUCAUAGCGAAAGGCGCCGCUCGCAACUUCAGUACUCGACCGAAUGAAAAGCAGCAUGGACCAAUCAAGUGUUGGUAUCUACGGCAGACUAAUUGUAAGGACAUUGCUAAUCAGAUUAUCGAACUCGAUCAUAAGAGCUUUGUUGCCGAAUUUGUUCGCAGCCGUAUCGACUAUCUUGACGAGGAACGACACAAACUUACACUCUCACAGGAAGAACUCGAGGAAAACGACAACGACAAUGAGCCAUUUGAAGCUCACCUGCAUAUCGGUUCGCCCUUGAGGAAUCUUACCAGCCUAGCACAGGUAGAGGAAGAACACAGGUCAAAUCGCGCCUUCGACCAGUUCAGGAAGAAGCUCACAACAUUUUUGAAUCACUUCCUACCCUCCCACCACAUACCAUUACCAGACGGAAUAAUGUGGUUGAAACUUUCAGCGCAAGACCUGAUACAUGAACAUCGCUAUCUCAAAGUCCAAUAUGAGUCGACCGCUACCUGGAAGUUAACCACCGACUAUCUGCGAUGCAGUCCAAGUUUUCAUGGCCAUGAGCGUCAUGACUGCGCUCUAAUCCGCACGCAGGACAAGGAUGGCUGCGAUAAAAAUAUCUUUGUUAAAUUAUUAUUCAUGUUCAAGCACAUUGUCGGCAACCGCACCUUAGAUCUCGCUUUGGUUCUUCCCAUGGACGCUUCACCACGUCGGCGCCUCCUAGAUCGAGACCUGCGACUCACUCGUCUGCGUGCACGGCCCGCAGCUUCAUCUGAAUUCAUCACCCUUCAUUCAAUUAUUCGUGGUGCUUUGCUUGUCCCAGAUUUUGACAACAAUGGGGAUUAUUUUCUUGUUGACUAUAUCGAUACUGACAUGUUUCUUCGCGUCCAAAGGAAACUUAUAUAA